UCUGGCUGCUGCAGCUGUGGCUCUUGAGAUGGUUCUUUCCUCCCGACUCCCCUACACAGCGUAAUCAGCCUUCCCCUGAGCUGUUUUAUCCUCUGCUACCCUCGGUCCCUCCUCCCCCUUGCCGAACACGGGCUCCUGGGCCAAUGCAUACAGAAUAAUGGCUCUGCCAGCAGUUUCUGACCAUCCCGUCUAGCUCGGAGGCCGAGUGGUCCAGGGAUCCCAGAGGGGAGCAAGAGAUCAGCUACCUGCGCCUUAAGCCGUCCCGCUGCACCGUUGCCUUUUUUGCAUCUCGGGAAUUCAGCUGUCAUGGAAGCGCAACGGACUUGGCCGGGCUGAUGCUGGCUGCAGCAUGCUUCUGUGCUCGUGGAAAGGCUGAUUCGAAAAGCAUAAACAGACAAGAGAGAGCUCUUCUUUUGUGCUCUCCCCCACUCCCCCUUUACUGUUGAACUGUGGACUAUGGUGAGAGGAAGAUGUUGGCCAGGAAGAGCAUUAUCCCCGAAGAAUAUGUUCUCGCACGGAUUGCUGCCGAGAACCUGGGCAAGCCACGCAUACGGGACUGCCCGCGCAAAGCCCGCUUCAUCGCCAAGAAUGGGGCCUGCAACUUGGCUCACAAGAACAUCCGAGAGCAAGGGCGCUUCUUACAAGACAUCUUCACCACCCUGGUGGACCUGAAGUGGCGCCACACACUGGUGAUCUUCACCACGUCCUUCCUGUGCAGCUGGCUCUUCUUCGCCUUGGUGUGGUGGCUGGUAGCUUUUGCUCACGGAGACAUGGACCAAAGGUAUCCUGGAGACACGGACCAAGCGUGCCCAGUGGAUGGAAAUGUCAAUCAGUGGAAGCCGUGCAUUACCUGUGUCAGGUCCUUUCCCUCUGCUUUCCUCUUCUCUAUUGAGGUCCAGGUGACCAUUGGUUUUGGAGGCAGAAUGAUGACCGAAGAGUGUCCCUUUGCCAUCACUGUCUUGAUUCUCCAAAACAUUGUGGGCUUGAUUAUCAAUGCAGUCAUGCUUGGGUGCAUCUUUAUGAAAACUGCCCAGGCACACCGAAGAGCAGAGACGCUGAUCUUCAGCCGCAAUGCAGUAAUUGCUGUCCGUAAUGGCAGGCUUUGCUUCAUGUUCCGGGUGGGUGACCUGAGAAAAAGCAUGAUCAUCAGUGCCUCAGUGAGAAUCCAGGUGGUAAGGAAGACCACAACCCCUGAAGGAGAAGUCAUCCCUAUCCACCAGCUAGACGUUCCAGUGGACAACCCCAUUGAAAGCAACAAUGUUUUCCUUGUAGCUCCACUAAUCAUAAGCCACAUCAUCGACAAAAGGAGUCCUCUUUAUGAUAUCUCUGCCAAUGACUUGGCCAACCAAGACCUAGAAAUUAUUGUAAUACUUGAAGGUGUAGUGGAAACCACUGGCAUCACCACGCAAGCGAGAACAUCCUACAUAUCCGAAGAGAUCCUCUGGGGCCAUCGCUUCGUGCCCAUUGUAACAGAAGAGGAAGGGGCCUAUGCUGUCGACUACUCAAAGUUUGGCAACACUAGCAAAAUAGCAGCUCCACGCUGCAGCGCCAGGGAACUGGAUGAGAAGCCCUCCAUCCUCAUCCAGACCCUCCAGAAAAGCGAGCUGUCCCAUCAGAACUCCUUGCGGAAGCGGAAUUCCAUGAGGAGGAACAACUCCAUGAGGAGGAGCAACUCCAUGAGGAGGAACAACUCUUCCUUCAUAGUGCCCAAAGUCCAGUUUGUCACGCCUGAAGGAAACCAAAACACUCUGGAGACAUGACAGGUCUCAAUUGUAGCUCUUUUGUAGACAUCAAAAUGUUGUUUUUUAUUCACGUUAAAAAAACCCAUGUAAACUUGGUGGUAAAAGUAAUGGAACUGAGGCUAUUUAUUAUAUGAAAGAACCAAGACAAGGCAGAUAGACACACAAUAGCCUUGUUCACACAAUCAUUCAAAUCUGGGCUUAAUGUGGGUUACCAACAUUAGCAUGAUUGUGUGAAUCCACACCAAAGAAGGACUCUCAGAGUCACCUUUGGCCAUAAAUCACCUUGAUGUGAGUUCACACAAUCAUGCUAAUGUCAGUAAACCACAUUAAACCUAGAUUUGAAUGUCUGUGUGAACCAGCACACUGGCUGAUAUCCUGACUAAUGCUGCUCAACUUGUUCAAUAAAGUGGCACUAGCACAAGAAGGUUGCAUUGCUGAACUAAAUCACAAUGCUUUUAAGCACUGUACUCUAUCAUUCUUGUGCUAUUGUACUAUUGUGCAACAGUUCCCUGCAAAACAUGAGGCAUGCCACAGGUUGUGCACCUUGUUAAACAACACUAGUUGCAACUAACAACUGCAACAGUCUUGUGCUACCACAACAUCCUCAUGCAAGUGCAACGUUAGUCGGGAUGUCAGCCACUGUAACUAAGGUCUAGCUCUUUCAGAGCUGGUAAAUCUGUUUUCUGGGCUGUACUACAUGCUGCCAGUGGGGCUUACAUGUCACCUCCUCCAUGCGCAAAAUUUCUUCUACAUAGAAAACUAGAUGUCAAGGAGAAGGGUUGUAGCCUAGUCUUCUCUCUGAUUUCUAUGUAUAGGAAUCUCUUUUUUAUGGGGAGCAUUCUGCUUUGGGAGUUCCCACCUACUGUCUGAAGUGGUAGAGCUCAGAAACAGAUUUACCACCUCAGUGAGAAUUAGACUUGCUUCUUGACAUUGUGGUUUUCUUUGGGUGGGUUCAGAUGACAUGAAAAAAGCUGAACCUGAGUUCAGCAGCAAGCCCAAUAUCCAGUGGCAAGGAGUGAUAAGUCUCACCAAUGUUGGUUUCUUUUGCCCUACUUAUGGUUCCCGAGCUGACAUCUGUACCCAACCAACUCUUGCUGACAGAUGUUGGCUUCUGGACUGUAAGUCUGGUGAAAGAGGCUGAUGCUGGCAGGUUCACAUGGCACAACCAAUGUUGGCUUCACCCUUGCACGGCCAGAAGUCGGGCUCACACACAUAUCUGUGGCUCCAGCUUCAGCAGCAAAGCUAACGUUUGCCAGUACGUGUGGAACCACUCAUAUUGUAAGAAUUGCUUGCCAUCAGCGAGCAUUCAAUCAUAAGCCCUCACCUGUGAUCCAAAGUGAAGAAACAGAUUUAGCAAGUAGACAAUUUAGCAAGAGCAACUGUCCCUAUUCAUGCCAGCAUAACAUAACACCCCUUCCUUUGGUUGGGGGUCUCUGAUCUAUUUCUUCUUAGAUUGUGAGCCCUUUUUGGAAAAAGAACCAUCUUCUCCUUUCUUUUGUCAUGUGAACCACUUUGAGCUUGUUGUUGUUGAAGAAAAACAGUAUCUAUAUUCUAAACAUAGUAGUAGCCUGUGACGGUGGCACUGGAGUGGGAUGGCAAUAGGUACCUUUAAAAUUAAACCAGAAAGUGCUUACCAGUGGUACCACUGGCAACUGCAAGCUGCCGCAAGCAUAAAAACAGCCCUGCUGGAUCAGGCCCAAAGAGGCCCAUCUAGUCCAGCAUCCUGUUUUACACAGUGGCCCACCAGAUGCCUCUGGAGAGCCCACAGGCAUGUGCAUGCCUUCCUCCUCUCCUGUUGUUGCUCCUCUGCAACUGGUAUUGAGAGGCAUCGUGCCUCUGAGGCUGGAGCUGGCCUAUAGCCCUCCGACUAGUAGCCGAUGAUAGACCUCUCCUUCAUGAAGUUAUCCAAACCCCUCUUAAAGCCAUCCAGGUUGUUGGGUGUCACUACAUCUCGUGGCAGAGAAUUCCACAAGCUGAUUAUGCAUUGUGUAAAAAGGUACCUCCAUUUGCUGGUCCUAGAUUUCCCGGCAAUCAAUUUCAUGGGAUGACCCCUGGUUCUAGUGUUAUGCGAGAGGGAGAAGAAUUUCUCUCUAUCCACUUUCUCCACUCCAUGCAUGAUUUUAUAGACCUCUAUCAUGUUUCCCCACAGUCGUCUUUUUUCUAAACUAAAAAGCCCCAGAUGUUGUAGCCUUGCCUCAUAAGAAAGGUGCUCUAGGCCCCUGAUCAUCUUGGUUGCCCUCCUCUGCACCUUUUCCAGUUCUACAAUGUCCUUUUUUUAGAUGUGGCGACCAGAAUUGUAUGCAGCAGGGCUCCGCUCAGCAUCCCAUGCAGCAACGGCACUGCUCUGGCGUGCACCUGGCCUCUGCACAUGCUUCCUUCUAAUUUAAUUUUAAAGGUACCUCUCACCACCCCCUCCCUGCGGCAGUGCCCUCAUCGGCUCUCCCACUGUCUAAAUAACAACAUAUGAAGCUACCUUCUACUCAGUGGCGGCU